UGUCUCUCUCUCUCUCCAAAAUAUCAGACACAAAUCUCUCUCUCUGGAAUCUCUCUCUCGUCUCUCAGAGAUGGCGAUGGUGAUGGUGAUGGUGAUGGUCGCGGUGUUGUCGGAAUAAAUAGAGCUCUGUGUGUGUGUUAGAACAUUUGUGGAAAGAAAAGAGGGGAUCUCUCUAUUCUUUUCUCUCUUGAGCUCAGCCAUAUCCAUGGCUCCAAGCAAGUCAAAUUCUAAGGGUGAUGCAAGUGUUUCAUGCCCACAAGAGAAUGGUGGUCUCAAUUCACUUUCCCUCUUAAGUUCAGAGAAGGCGGUCCAGGAACUUCUAGAGCAAUCCACUCUUCAGGAAACAGAUGACCACCUCAUAGAGUUCUCAGAGGCUAUGAGAACGGUUGCAAAGGCCCUUAGACGAGCUGCCGAAGGAAAGGCUUCUGCACAUGCUGAAGCAGCUGAAUGGAAGCGCAAAUAUGAACUGGAGAGGGCGCGCAAUCUGCAUCUAGAACAUAAAGGGCCAUCACAUAGAGAGAGUAACAGGGAUGAUGAGAGGAUAGAGAACUUGGCCAGGAGAUCAAAUGAUCAAUCUGAACAAUGUUGUGGGAGUAAUGGGAUAUGCUCUCAUGAAGUUCUUCGGGAUGGUGAAUGUGAUUCUGAUUCAAAAUUGCUUCUCCAUAAGUUUGCAAGAAAGGCAUCAUUCAAACUUUCAUGGUGCUGCAAAGGUGACCAGAGUGACCAGCACAAGCAUGACAUUGUCUCUUUCGAAAGAGGAAACAUAACAACUGCAGAGCGCAGUAGUAAACAGAUUUCUUUGAAGUGGGAAACUCACCCACAGACUGUGCUUAUAUUGACAAAACCAAAUUCAAAUUCUGUUCGAAUUCUAUGUGCCGAAAUGGUCAGAUGGUUGAGAGAGCAGAAAGGGUUAGAUAUUUAUGUGGAGCCACGUGUGAGAGGUGAACUUGUAACAGAAUCAUCAUACUACAACUUUGUCCAUACAUGGAAAGAAGGUGAGUACCACAAAAAGGACACCGAGAUUAUGCUUCUGCACACAAGAGUUGACCUUGUGGUGACUCUUGGUGGGGAUGGAACCGUCCUUUGGGCAGCAUCCAUGUUCAAAGGACCAGUUCCACCUGUUGUGCCGUUUUCUUUAGGGUCUCUGGGAUUUAUGACUCCAUUUCACAGUGAACGUUACCGGGAUUAUCUCGAUUCACUUUUAAAAGGUCCCAUUAGUAUCACACUACGACACCGGUUGCAGUGCCAUGUUAUUAGAGAAGCAGCUAAAAAUGAGUACGAAACUGAAGGGCCAAUACUUGUUUUAAAUGAGGUUACAAUUGACCGUGGAAUAUCAUCUUAUCUCACAAAUUUGGAAUGCUAUUGUGACAACUCUUUUGUCACGUGCGUCCAAGGUGAUGGGCUGAUAUUAUCAACAACAUCUGGCAGUACUGCAUAUUCAUUAGCAGCUGGAGGAUCAAUGGUCCAUCCCCAGGUUCCAGGCAUCCUCUUUACCCCUAUUUGUCCACAUUCCUUAUCAUUCCGACCUCUGAUAUUACCUGAGUAUGUGACGUUGCGAGUACAAGUACCUUAUAACAGCAGAAGCCAUGCAUGGGCAUCAUUUGAUGGCAAGGACAGGAAACGGCUUGCAGCUGGCGAUGCACUUGUGUGCAGUAUGGCUCCUUGGCCCGUCCCAACGGCAUGUCAAGUUGAUUCGACCAAUGAUUUCUUGACCAGCAUUCAUGAUGGCCUGCACUGGAAUCUGAGAAAGACUCAGUCUUUUGAUGGCCCUAGGGAUAUAUAAUACAUGAUCCAUAUUUUCCCUUUUGUAUAUUAGUUUAUGUAGUUCACAGUAGAUCUCGUUAGAAUGUUAAUCUUGUGCAAUAUAGAAGGGAAUACAAGGUGGGGUUUAAGUGGGGGUGGAGAGUGAAAACAAAUUUAGAGAUUCAUGUAAUGAUUCAUAUUUUUUAAUUAUCGCCUCUAAAGAGGAGCUUAUGUGCUUUCUCCUCCAAUAAGUUGAAGCCGAACGCCUGUUAGGUGUAAGAUCGAAUGUAACAGCGAAUGCCAUAGUACAUGCUUACUGAUUUGAUAUACACAAGAAAUUGGAAAUGGUGGAAUGGAUAUAGAUGAAGACUCAUUUUUACCAUUAAAGAGAGCUUUGAUGUAGAAAUUGAGUAAAGUUAUUAAAGAGAGCUUUGAUGAAGACUCAUGUUAUUAUAAUCCACUAAUCCACAGCUUUGAGAAUUUGAGUUGAACUGGAUAGACAAGUUUAGUUUGAAAUAUGACUUGUGAUCUGGUGGGGUUUGGCGGUUCGGUUCAUGAUCCUCAAGGGUGAAAAUAAAAUCAUGUGGAAAAGACGUUGAACGUGCUUAUCAUAAUGCACAAUAUGAUUAGCGAGGAAUGGAUGAGCGUGAUUUAA